AUGGAGAUUAUUCAGGAUCUUCAUACCGCUGUGGCAAAUGCCUGCGAAGCUUCUUUUGACGAGGCUUAUCGACGUAUGAAAUCGCAGGUUGACGCCCACACUAAAGCGGCACAAAUCAAAGAAUCACAGGCCAAUCAAGCCCAGCGACAAGCAAAGGCCAAAAUCCAAGAACUUUGGCAAAAGAUCAAUGCUCUUCAGGUCGAGCUGCGGGAGCAUGAACUUGAUCCGCGUGAUCUAGAGCUUCCCGGAGAAUACGCCAAUCUAGAAACCGAGUUCGACCCCAAGAAUAUCUGGGGAAAUAGCAUGGAAGAUGAUGAUACUUCCGACGUUCAGACCUCGCGAAAAAGGAUUGAGGCCAAAUAUACGGCACUGUAUACGUGUCUACAGACAUUCAUUCAGACCUGGAGCGACCUCAAGUCCAGAAUUCUGCAGCACAAGAAGAAAUUGCGGCGGUGGGAUAGACAACUAGAACAGGAAGAAUUCACAAUCGUUCUCAAUGCCGAACCAGUCACAUUUCGCAGAGUCCAAAGUACCGCCAUGGACAAAUUUGACAAAGUCCAGUCCCCAGCAAUCCAAAGCCUGGCAACAAAACGUCCACGAGAAGGGGGUCUUGACUUUCCAUCAAAAACUCCCAAGUCAUUGUCAACCCGCAAACCUGCAAGCAGCUCUGAGGAAGCUGUCAAGUCAGAUCAUAACAAAAAGGCAGGCUUCAAUCAGCCAUCACAACCAGCUUCCACUCAAUCUAGCUCCCCUGCACCAGAUGUGGAUCGCUCAGACCGGUCUUCGAAUGGAGCAUGGGAUUUACCCGGUGUGCAUAGCCAGCUGAAAGGGCAGGGGCUUCCACCGGCGCCGCCUGGCGAGCAUUCGUUGCCCAAUCCCCAGAGGGCGGAGGCUCACCCUGUGCAUCCUAUAUCUAUUAAGAAAGAGAUUAUGUCUUCCAGUCCAGUCCGACCCUCCACCUAUAACCAUGAGCUACCACCUGCAGGCACACAAGAUCUCGACGAAAUAGGUGACACAAUACGAACACCUAUGAAGCGAAAAGCCUACAGGGAUGCAUAUGCUGGAAACACUUGGGACUCAAAUAGCAGCAGUAAGCAUGCACGUCACUCGAAACAAAUUCCGCAAGACCGGGAAACAUCACAACACUCAGUCCUUCAGCCUGUCGAUGGAAACGCGCGUACCGAGUUAGAUCCCAAGGAACGCCACUAUUCAAAGCAUGGCAAAGAUCUGGAGAAACGCGCAAUACCAUCUUUGGCAGAAGACGGAGAAGAUGUUGCCUCUCACACAACCCCAAGGCCAUCAAAGAAGAACGCCGGUGACAGGCCUGGUCAGAGACGCCUAGAAAAUCUGUUGGAACAAUCGGCACCCUUCAGAUCACCACUCAGCGCGUCGAAAAAGGCUGCAUGUAUGACUACAACGACAGAAGAUACUGCACCACAAGACGAUCCGAAGGCAACAAUUAGAAGUCAAACUGUCCCCGCCAUAGAUCCCGACGAUGAGCCUUACAGGUCAAGGCCUCUUCAAUGCCUGGGGCUCGAGCAUUUCAAAAUCAACCCUGCAAGAAACCAAGGACUUGAUUUUGCCUAUAAUGCGGUGGUUCGCAAGAAAGAUGACCGUAAAUGCAUAUCGGGCUGCACUCGCCCGGGAUGCUGUGGAGAUCGGUUCAGGGCCAUGGCUCGUCUUGGAGGUCUUCCUGCCAGAUCUGUAGCUGAACAGGAAGAAGAAGACCAGAAUAUAUUACAGGAGUAUUUGGGAGAAGAUUCGCAAUUACUCAAAACCCUGAAGGGGCAAGAUCGUGAGAAUGUUUUGGUGGAAGCGCGAGCCCGGGCCUUGGCCAACCAGUAUGGACGACAUCGACAUGCUCACCAGAGAGCGCAAUCUCCACCCGGAUUCUGGCGAACAGAAAUGCCAGAUACACAAGAUGAGGAGUCUGAUCGUGAAGCUGCUAAAAGACUGGAGCGAGAAAAGGUGGAAGAGCGAUACCGAGAGGCCAUGCGCCCUGGUGGGCUAUGGACAUGGGCUGAUGAAUAA